AUGUCACUAGUUUCCAAUCUCAGCGGAUUUAGUACGGCUGUUCAGCAAAAAGAAGAUUUUUUGAUAUUAAUCUUGAUUCUUCCUGUGGUUUUUACAUUGAAAAACUUCGAAAAUCCCGAAAUUUUUCACAUUUUCGCGAGUUUCCAGCUGUUCCCCGAUCAUUCCAGAACAAGAAAAACCUCUGAUUCAUCCAAUUUUCCGACAAAAUUGUCACGAUUGCGAAAAAUAAUCAGCAGAAUAGGCUCGACUCUAGUCGACACAUUUCUCGAUAAACUUUGCUCGCCUAUUUAAUUGAUAACGCCUGCAGGCCACUAUUUUCUGAACCACCUGCCUCGAAAUUUCUCUCCUUCUCUCCUUUUUUUUGAGUUAUCAUUCCAGGAAAACUUCUUGAAGAUUGUUCAGAAACCAAGUCUUUUUCCGAAUAUCUUUAACUAUUUUUUCUGUUCACCUUUUUUAAUGCAAAAGCCUUGAAAAACGAUAAUAGCAAUUUGUUUACAGUUAAUAACUUUUUCGAGCUAUUUAACCAAAGAUCAAAAAAAUCUUUGCCGGCCUUUUUCAAAAUGAGAUCACAGAUCAAUUUCCUCAAGGAUCAAAUCGAAGAGCAUUUUUUUUGGCUCUGCAAGACUUUUUUUUGCUUUUUCAGUACCCUAUCCUGGAUUUUUUUAAUAUUUAAAAAGCUUCAAAUACAUCAAAAAAAUGAGGAAAGUUAUUUAUAUAGAUCAAAAGGAAUUUUUCAUUGUUUUGGCUCAUUUUUUUACCUGUUUUUUGUCUUUACUGGAAUUUUUCAUUUCUAUGAACCAAGCAGAAGUUAUAUGAAUACAAAAAAACCGGAGAAAUAAUUUUUUUCAAAAAAAGAAAUAUCGAAGUUCAGCUUAUUUUUAUUUGGAGUAUAUUUGUUCCCAAACUCUACCUACAUCUAUUUCGUGAAAUUUAGUACUUGUGUGUGAGAAAUAAAACAUUUUGAUUUGAAGUACCAGAGUUUCAUCAUUUUUUUAUCUAACUUUUGUUAAUUUUACAAAGAAUUAAUUCGGUUCAAUUGAAGAACAGAGCGCUUCUGAAAAAUAAUAAACAGUUUUUUUUCAAUCUCUGUGAAUAUUCCGAAAAAAACGGAUCGGUCAAACUUCACUACAUCAUUUCUUUCCUCAAAGUUAAAGUUAACUGUAAAAGACCGGAUUUUUUUAAAAAAACUAUAUAGACUUGUCGUAUCGCUUUAAAAAGUUGGAAAAAUCAGUAUUUUUUAAAAUAUGAAAUUCCAGAAAAUGGAAAAAAGCAGUUUGACGUGGUGAUCUACGGCGCGACCGGCUUCACCGGUCAUUAUGUGGUCGAAAGGCUUGUCGCUUCCAAAUAUUACCACGUUUAUUACAUAACUACAUAUAUACCUUAUCGAAAAUCUUCAGGAGGUCAAUUUCGCUAUCGCCGGACGUAAUGAAGGGAAAUUACGACAGGUUUUGGAGAAAGUUUCUGGGAAAACCGGUGAGAAAAUUUGUAAAAAAAGCUUGUUGGAAGGUUUGAAGAAGCAUAAUGAAUAUUGAGGGUAGAAUCUUGACAAGAUGAUUUUAUUAGACUCAUCAGCAGUUCGUCUAAAAUUUUCAAGAUGCUAUUUUUUGCCGUCCUGUCAGAAUUUUUCUCUUUAACUUUUGUUACAAGCUAGCUCCGAAAGCAUCCCUUUGAGCUUUCAAAAAGUCCAAAAAGCAAAUUUAUUGCAAAGCUCAUCCAAAAAUAGCAAAUGAAUAUUUUUUAGGAAUCGAUAUUUACGGAACCCCGAUGAUUAUUGCCGAUUCCUCUGAUCCGGAUUCUCUGGCCCGAAUGGCCCAACAAGCCAAAGUCAUCAUAAAUACUGUUGGACCGGUGAGUCAUCGAUAGGUCAUUCAUCAAACAGUCUGACUGUCUGCGCUCUCUUUUCUCUUAAAAUAGUUUAAUUUAGAGAUGAAAAAGAGACAGGAUAUGCUGUUCUAAAUGAGUCUACCAAAACUUGAAACUUUUCAGAUCCUCUAGUUCUCUUACCAGUUAGAUGGUUAGAGAACAAGAGGGCGCAGACAGGUCAGAUAGUGGUAAAAAUGAAAAAAAUCUCUCUUGAAACUGUCCAGGAUCUUUUUCUUCCGACGGCAAGCGAAGCUAAGAGAGUAAUAGAGCGCAGACAAGUCAGAGAGUUCCAAUUUCCAAUGAGAUUCGCACCCGACUAUAAAACUACUUGCGAAAGACAAUAUGAUCAAGUUCGAAAUUUAAAAGCUUAAUCUUGACCCGCAACGCGUCGAACCAUUCUAAGUCCGGCCAGAUAACUUCAAGCAACGAUUUUCAGUUCACUCUCUAUGGAGAAGCUGUGCUUAGAGCUGCGAUUGAAAACAGAGCCCAUCACGUGGAUAUUACCGGCGAGUACCCGGUAAACGUUCCUUCAAAAAGUCCCCAAAAAUGAAUAUUUAUAGUGGGUCGAGAAGAUGAAGCUGAAAUAUGAGCAUCAGGCCAAAGAAAAUGGAGUUUAUAUCGUCAGUUGCUGUGCUUUCGACUCGAUCCCCGCCGAUUUGGGAGUCAACUUUCUGAAGAAAAAUUUCGGAGGUGAUCUGAACCAUGUCGAGGCUUUCAUGCAGAUCAUUCCAGGGCCCGAUGUAUCAUUAAAAAUCUUCUUAUCUUGAUAGAAAUGUGAUCAUUCAAGGGGUACGCUCUGAAUGAUGGAACUUACCAGACCAUUGUCGGGUCUAUGGGCGAAUAUGCGACGAAAAUGCUGAGUAGUGGAUCGAAAUUGAUGCCCAGGAGGAUCGUCAAGGGCUCGGUUAAGCCACCUUUUAGGUGAGUUGAAUAAAAAAGUCGAAACACGUAAAAUGAUUGGUAAACUGAGAGAGUUUAAUAAAAGGAUUUUCCUAGUUUUUUCAAAUAGUCAUUUCAAAAAGGUCCAGACUUGUUCAGAAUGCCGAUUUCCAAAAUCGAUGAAGCUGAACUGGAUGGAUACGCAUUACCUUUUCCCACUACUGAUCAGACAAUUGUUGAUUGGAGUCAGUAUAACGACGCCACUGUCAAGGACAGAAGACCGGUCAUUUUCACUUAUUUGAUUUUUGGAAUCCUUCAAAAUCUUAAAAGGGUUUUUUCUUGCUUUGAACCUAAUUUUCCACAAUUGAGACUUUUAGGAUCUGAUUUUGAGACAUCGAAAAUCGGCCAAUUAUCGAAAAUUCAAAAAAAGGUAGUGCCCCUUCUCGAAGGACUAGUAAAGCACAAAUUGACAGGACUUUUUUCACAAGAAUGUUUCAUUAUACACAACAAACCCUACGGCAAAUUUUUCAAUUUAUAAAAAAAGUAAGAAUACCUACCUUGUGCAGUUACUUGACAGCCUUUUCACAAACUAGUUUUGUUGAAAAAAAAACCAGAACUAUUUGAAGAUCCACAUCAAGACCUACAUCCGAGUGCCGUCCGUAAGUUUAGCCGUUGGAUUAGGCCUCUGGUCUUCGGCAAUCUCCGUUCUUGCCGUGAUUCCUUGCACCAAAAGGCUACUCCAGAAGUAUCCGGACGAAGUCAGCUUCAACUUGUUCAAGGUAAUAAUGAUAAGAAAAGCAUUGUCUGUUCGAAAACCCUCAGUGGGAAGUUUAAAGGAGCAGGCACAAGUUUGAUAAAAGGUCAUGAGACGAAAAACUUUUUUCUGCAUUUUUUGGGCCACAAAAGUGUUUUGAAACUCUUGCCGCCGUUUUUGAACAGGCCAUAGGUUCUGAGAGAGUUUGGUGAUUGAAGAGACGUCAGAGAAAGAGAGAAUCUCCGCUUCUCUGGCGGCUCUACAUGCCGCCGUUGAUCUAUCGAUUUUCUCUUUUCGUCUGUUUUUCUUUUCGAAAAAUCUCUUGGCGAAGUAUUUCAACAAAAUGAGUCCUGAAAAUUUACAGAGGGACGGUCCCACUGAGGCUCAAAUCAAUGGAUCUGGUUUCACCUACACCUUCUUCGGGUAUGGCUAUCAGGAACAGAAGCCGAAUGGAGAAGUCCACUUGGGAAGACCGGAUCGAAAGGUCGUUUUUGAAGUCAAAAUGAUGAAAAAAAAGUCAUUUUCAGGUCGUCGCCCGUUGCACCGGACCAGAUCCAGGCUACAUGGCCACAUCCGGCUGCAUCAUUUCCUCGGCUUUGACUAUCCUGAAAGACGUUCAGAAUAUGCCUGAAGAGUUGGUUGUUCAUUUCUUUGUACCCUCUAUAAUCCCAUUCAAUCGGAAUUGUCUGACGUGUCUGCGCUCUCUCUUCUCUCUUCUCUCACCGCAAAGCUCAUAGAAACCCCAAAAGAGCAUGUGAACUCAAGAGAAGAAGCAAUCAGACUAUUCAUUGUAUGUAUUACUCAAUGAUUGAAAGUUUGUUUUUCGAAUUUAUUUUUUUAUUCAUGAUUUCCUUUCAGAGGAGGUUUCUACACACCGACAGCUGCCUUUGGAGACUCCAAGAUUUACGAAUUCCUAGAAUCUUUCGGUGUCAAAUAUGAAGUCCUUUCUGAACGAAAUUUGUAA